CGGGGGGUAGGCUGAGGGGGAACAGCUCUCCCUCCCCUCCCGCGCCGCCCCUCAGCGGCGCGCGACCUCCGCGCGCGGCUGCUCUUCCCGCCUCCCUUCCCCCCCGCAGCCGCGCGGUGCCCGCGCUCCGCGCCACGCCGUCCCGCCCUUCCCUGCCGCGUGACCUCGGCGCUCCGCAGCCAUUAUCCUUCGCGCCCCCUCCCCCUCCCCCCCGUGCCGCGCCAGCCCCCGGCGCGACCAGCCCCACCGCUUCCCUCAGGAGGGGAGGGGUGGGCAGCCGUGGCCGCUGGCCAGGCCGAGCGGCCGCCCUCACCGGCGCGUCUUGCGGGAGUUGGCCCGAGCCGGCGUCGCCCCUCCCUAGGCCUGGACGGCGCCCCGGGAGCGAAGGGAUUGCUCAAAGCACAGAUAGAGUUUUGAAGUAAUUCCUUCAUUGACACCAAGUAACAGUUUGAGGAAUAUACCUACUGGGCAAAAUGGGUCGAUCUAACUCUAGAUCGCAUUCUUCAAGAUCGAAGUCCAGAUCUCAGUCCAGCUCUAGGUCAAGAUCCAGAUCACAUUCUAGAAAAAAGAGAUACAGUUCUAGGUCCCGGUCAAGGACAUAUUCUCGGUCUCGCAGCAGGGAUCGUGUUUAUUCUAGAGAUUAUCGCAGAGAUUACAGAAAUAAUAGAGGAAUGAGACGUCCCUAUGGUUACAGAGGAAGAGGUAGAGGGUAUUACCAAGGAGGAGGUGGUAGAUACCAUCGCGGAGGUUAUAGGCCUGUCUGGAACCGAAGACACUCCCGAAGCCCUAGACGUGGCCGUUCACGUUCCAGAAGUCCCAAACGAAGGUCUGUGUCUUCCCAGAGGUCCCGGAGCAGAUCUCGUCGAUCUUACAGGUCUUCCAGGUCCCCAAGAUCCUCUUCAUCUCGUUCUUCAUCCCCAUACAGUAAAUCACCUGUCUCUUCCAAAAGACGUGCGUCUCUGGAAAAGCAGGCAAAGAAAACUGAAGGGGCUCCUUUGCAAGAUAGCCCUUUGAAAAACAAAUCACAAGAUGAACAGAAGGAUACAUUUGAACAUGACCCGUCUGAGCCUCUUGACGAUUUUAACAAAUCCUCAGCAGCUUCUGGCGAUAUUUGGCCUGGCCUUUCAGCGUACGAUAACAGUCCAAGGUCACCCCAUAGUCCUUCUAUUGCCACCCCACCUAGUCAGAGUUCAUCUUGCUCCGAUGCCCCUUUGCUUAGCACAGCUCACUCAGCAAAGGACACACCUCAACAUUCCCAUUCCAUUCAGCAUAGUCCUGAGAGGUCUGGCUCUGGUUCUCUUGGAAAUGGUUCUAGCCGUUACAGUCCUUCUCAGAAUAGCCCAUUGCAUCAUGUCCCUUCGAGGAGAAGCCCUGCAAAGACAAUCCCAUCACAGAGCGCUCCCCGGGAGGAGGCUCGAGUGCGGUCGUUUUAUCCUGAGGGUGGUGAGCAGGACACAACAAAAGGAGGAAAGUUUAUGAAAAGGUACACAGAUGAAGAGUCUAGAGUAUACCUGCUUGAUAGGGGUAAUACCAGGGAGAAGGAGGCCCAGAAGGAGAGAGGAUCAGAAAAAGGGAGGACAGAGGGAGAAAGGGAAUGGGAGGAACAGGAAACUUUAGAUUUUUUUGUUGAUAAAGAGACUGGGAAAGAAAAGUUUAAUGACUCUGAAGGGGAGGACACAGAGGAGACAGAGGAUUACAGACAGUUCAGAAAGUCUGUCCUGGCAGAUCAGGGUAAAAACUUUCCUACUGCAUCUCACCGGAAUGCUGAGGAGGAAGGAACCAAAUACAAAUCUAAAAUACCAAUCAAGGGCAAUAGAGAGAGCGAUGGAUUUAGAGAUGAGAAAAGUUAUAAGCUUAAAGAGACUGGCUAUGUAGUGGAAAGGCCUAGUGCUACAAAAGAUAAGCACAAGGAAGAAGACAAGAGUUCUGAGAGACUAAUGAUGAAGAAAGAAACUCAGUCACCUGAGCAGGUAAAGUCUGAAAAGCUCAAAGAACUCUUUGAUUACAGUCCCCCUCUACACAAGAAUCUGGAUGCGAGGGAAAAAUCCACCUUCAGGGAGGAGAGCCCACUUAGGAUCAAAAUGAUAGCCAGUGACUCCCAUCGUCCUGAAGUUAAACUCAAAAUGGCACCGGUACCUCUUGAUGAUUCCAAUAGACCUGCUUCCUUGACUAAAGACAGACUGCUUGCUAGCACACUUGUCCAUUCCGUCAAGAAGGAGCAAGAGUUCCGUUCCAUCUUUGACCACAUUAAGUUGCCACAGGCCAGCAAAAGCACGUCAGAGUCAUUUAUUCAGCACAUUGUGUCGUUGGUUCAUCAUGUCAAAGAGCAAUACUUCAAGUCACCUGGAAUGACCCUAAAUGAGAGGUUCACUGCAUAUCAAAAAGCUACUGAAGAACACUGCACCCGGCAAAAGAGCCCAGAAAUACAUAGGAGAAUUGACAUCUCUCCGAGUACCCUGAGGAAGCAUACCCGUUUAGCAGGUGAAGAGAGAGUCUUUAAAGAAGAAAGUCAAAAAGGAGAUAAAAAAAUAAGGUGUGAUUCUGCUGAUCUUCGACAUGACAUUGACCGUCGUAGAAAAGAGCGAAGUAAAGAGCGAGGAGACUCAAAGGGUUCCAGGGAAUCCAGUGGGUCAAGAAAGCGGGAGAAAACUCCAAAAGAUUACAAGGAUUACAAAAGUUACAAAGAUGACAGUAAAAAAAGAGAUCAAGACCGUGCUCGGUCCUCCCCAUCUUCCUCCCCAUCUUCUUCCUCAUCCAGUUCUCGAGAAGAAAAGGAUAACAAGAAAGAGAGAGAUGAAGAGUUCAAAACUCAUCAUGAACAGAAAGAAUACUCUGGUUUUGCGGGACUCAACAGGCCAAGAGGCACCUUUUUUCGAAUUAGGGGCAGAGGAAGAGCCAGAGGAGUCUUUGCUGGAACAAAUACUGGUCCCAGCAACUCAAAUACUACUUUUCAGAAGAGACCGAAGGAAGAGGAAUGGGAUCCUGAAUAUACCCCAAAAAGCAAGAAAUAUUUCUUGCAUGAUGACAGAGACGAUGGUGUGGAUUAUUGGGCCAAAAGAGGAAGAGGUCGUGGUACUUUCCAGCGUGGCAGAGGGCGUUUCAACUUUAAAAAGUCAGGUAGCAGUCCGAAGUGGACACAUGACAAAUACCAAGGGGAUGGGAUUGUGGAAGAUGAAGAAGAAACGAUUGAGAAUAAUGAAGAAAAGGACAGACGCAAAGAGGAAAAGGAAUAAUCCUGGAAGAAAGUUGUAGCUGAAGGAGCAGCUCUUGCACCACCCACACAACAUUUUUAAUAUGUUUUUUGUUGUCAAAUGAAUGUAAGCAUUUUACUUAAAUUUUACUGUUGGAAAGUAGUUUAGAGGGAUUGUUUUUGUUUUAAGCCUUUAGAAAAAAAAUCUUGAUAUAGUAAACUAUGUUAAUGAUCGUACAGGUAGAAAGUAAAAUAUUUGUAACAACUUUUAAGAAAUUUUACUGUUUGUUAUAUGCAGUGUAAUUCUGCUUUGUCCAAAUAUAUGGUCAAGUACAACCCUAAAAGUUUUGAUUCUCCCCUAUGUCUGUGUUUUAUUCUGAAGUAAACUUGCAGCUCUGCA